AUGGUUGUGAAAUCAAGUUUAGAAGUAGUGCAAGAUGAGGAGCUAAUGAAUUUGAUUAGAACAGAAAAAUUUGUUAUAGCGUUAUUCACGCGCAAAUAUUGUGAUUUGUGUGAUAAUUACGAAAACGAACUGACUGCUUUAAGAGAGGACUUGGUUGAAACUCUAAAUGCCUGGGUGGUAAAAGUUGAAGACAGCCAAAUGACUAGGCUCUAUAGUCCUGACAAAGAACCAGUCCUAGUUUUUUUUCGACAUGGUAUUCCACUUCUAUAUGAUGGCCCCUUGAAUGAUGAAUUGAUUUUGCAUACCUUUACUGCUAAUAAAGAACCAGUGACAAAGGAAUUGACUGACAGUACAUUUGAACAUCUGACCCAAGCAGCAACGGGAGCAACUACUGGCGAUUGGUUUGUAAUGUUUUAUACACCUGAUUGUGUUGAUUGUGCUCGAUUGCAAGCAAGGUGGGAGGCAGUUGGUGCCCACUUGAAAUCAAGAAUGAAUGUGGCUCGCAUAAAUAGAGCAACAUCAGGGGCAGCCACUGCCAGGCGAUUUGACAUAUUCAAUGUUCCAUCAUUCAUACUAUUUCGACAAGGAAAAAUGUACCAUUACCAGAUUAAGAAAUUUGAUGUUCGCUCUUUUAUAGAUUUUGCACAAAACUGGUACAAGAAUGUAACUCCUGAAAAGGUGCCUGUUCCAAAAUCACCAUUUGAUGAUUUUGUUGCAUUGGUUGUUGACUAUAUGAGGCAGAAUCCUUGGCAAUGGCAAAUUGGAUUUGGGUGUUUCUUCAUAGGGUUGGUGGCUUCAUUAAUUAAUAGAUUUACUGGAAAAACUGUACCUGAAAAGAAGCCUGAGAAGAAGAGUAAAAAAAGUGAUAGUAAAAAUAAAUAA